AUGCAACCUGAGGGCCGCCGAGAGGAAAAGAAGCAGGUCACCCGCGGAGUGGUGGAGAACGAGCCCGGAGAAGAGGCCGUGAAAGAGGAACCUCAGACUUUCAUCUGCUAUACCUGCAAUCAACCUGGCCACGCGUCCCGUUUAUGUCUCCAGAAAGGCUGCUUGGCCUCGAAGAGUCUCCCCCUGGUGGCUGACCUGCUAUUCACAGAGUUCCUGGAGCCCUUUGAGAGAGUGAUCCAGCCAGAGGAGCUGUGGCUCUACAAAAAUCCCUUGGUGGAGUCGGACCACAUCCCCAAGAGGGUCAUGUUCGCGAUUUCCUUUCUCACUCCGUUGGCUGUGAUAUUUGUGGUGAAGAUCAUUCAGAGGACAGAUAAGACAGAAAUCAAGGAGGCGUGUCUAGCAGUCUCACUUGCUCUGGCUUUGAAUGGAGUCUUCACAAACACUAUCAAGUUGAUAGUUGGCAGGCCCAGGCCAGACUACUUCCAGCGCUGUUUCCCAGAUGGACAGGUGAAUAUUAAGAUGCUGUGCACCGGAGAACCAGACCUAGUGUCAGAGGGACGCAAGAGUUUCCCCAGCAGCCACUCCUCCUUUGCGUUCUCUGGCUUGGGCUUCACCUCCUUCUAUCUGGCUGGGAAGCUGCAGUGCUUCACAGACCGGGGCCGCGGAUGCAGCUGGCGUCUGUGUGCCAUGUUGCUGCCCCUCUACAGCGCUUUGAUGAUCGCCCUGUCCCGCACCUGCGACUACAAACACCACUGGCAAGAUGCCUUUGUUGGAGGGGUGAUCGGCCUGCUUUUUGCCUACAUCUGCUACCGACAGCACUACCCCCCGUUCCUGCACAUGGACUGCCACCUGCCUUAUGCCAGUCUGGCCAAAGCCUCCCACCUCAUCUCUGCACAGGGCGAUCCUCGGGUCCUGCCCACUGAGAACGCCACCAGCCUGCCUCUGAAGGGACUGACGGAGGGGCCUGUAUGACUCCUGCCCACCCCUACCUCCAGACACAAUCUCUAACUCCACCCUCACCCCAGGACCACCCAACCCGCUCCCCCUCUCACUAACUGUAGACUGACUAGCUAGCACUUACAUAUACCAGUGGACAGUGCUGUACCCCCCCUCGCUCUCUCAAUCUUUCUCCCUGUCUCUCACCUCCCUCCAUCCUCACCCUUUGUUUGUUUUGCCUGCCGGAAUCAGCACCCUUUCAGUGGUCUUUAUUUAGAGAGGCUGUGUAUGUAUGGCAUCUGGGAAUAUAGGACAACACUGCUGGAGCAAAAAGGCAAAAGCCCUAACCCAACAAUAAACUGCUAGGAUGUUCAUUACAAGUUGUUGCUCGACAUUUUAUUAACUGCUCACUUUAGUAGAAUGGAGUAGCUGGUAUAGCGGCUGGUAUCAAUUUGAUGUAGAGUUGGAUGGAAAGCAGAGCGCCUGGUGGUAAUCUCAUUAAAUGUCACAGCAAUGAGGCACUGGGUGUGUUAUAUGUCAUAGCUCCCCAAUAUGAUUUAUGAGAUAUCUAAUCGCUUUGUCAGUGAGGGAAUUCACACUACAAACUCUGAUAGCUCACACAUUUCUAAC